CUCUGUAUAAGGGGAAAUACAAUAUAAGAGAGUGCAGAACCCAGAGCUUCACACCCAGAGAUCCACUACCAGACUGCAACAAAAUGAAGACGAUGGUUUUCCUUUUGCUUCUGGUGCUCUCAGGUGCCAAGCAGUUUGAGAGAUGUGAGCUGGCCAGAACCCUGAAAGCAGCUCAGAUGGAUGGCUACGAAGGUGUCAGUCUGGCUAACUGGGUUUGCUUGACUAAACAUGAGUCCAACUACAACACUCAGGCCAUUAACCACAACCAUGAUAAUUCAACGGACUAUGGGAUUUUCCAGAUCAACAAUCGUUACUGGUGUUCUGAUGGCAAGUUCCCCAGCCAUAACAUCUGUGGAGUCUCCUGUGCUGAAUUACUCACUGACAACAUUUUAAAAGCCAUCCAGUGUGCUAAGACCAUAGUAAAACAGCAGGGCAUCAAAGCAUGGUAUGCUUGGCGUAAUUAUUGCAAGGGUCAUGAUGUAAGCAUUUACAUCGAAGGCUGUGGAGUUUAAAUGAAGAAUGAUGGACUGAAAUUAUGUACUUCACACUGACUGAAAUAAACUCCAUGAGAAAUAUUUGCUCUUCUUAAA